GUAUUACCACCGCGCCUCACGCAUUAUCGGCGGGUCUCAUUUUUUCUCUCUCUUAUUUUCUCUUUCGAAAUCUUUCUAAGUCGUCGCCUUCUCUGCUCAAAAUUAAGGAAACGCCCAACAAUGUUUCUGAAUGAAUGCUGCAAGCACGUGAGGGCACAUGUAACUGGAAGGCGAAUGCGGCAUCUGGGAUGGCUGUGCAUGAUGAUUGCAAGCUCAGGUUCUUAGAACUGAAGGCGAAAAGAACCCACCGCUUCAUUGUCUUUAAGAUUGAGGAAAAGCAGAAGCAGGUUGUUGUUGAAAAAGUUGGUGAGCCAACUCAAAACUAUGACGACUUCACCGCUAGUCUUCCUGUGGAUGAAUGUCGCUAUGCAGUCUACGAUUUUGACUUUGUGACUGCGGAGAAUUGCCAGAAAAGUAGGAUUUUCUUCAUUGCUUGGUCUCCUGACACAUCUCGAGUCAGAAGCAAGAUGAUUUAUGCUAGCUCAAAGGACAGAUUUAAGAGGGAGCUGGAUGGAAUUCAAGUGGAACUGCAAGCAACUGAUCCAACUGAAAUGGGGCUUGAUGUUAUUAAGAGCCGUGCCAACUAAGUCUCUUUAGGCCCUCUGCAGCAGAGACCUCUUUGCUGUCACCUUUACUUGAAAAGAAUGUCUAUAGUUUGUGGGCUGGUACAUGUGGGUAGUGAUGACUAUAGUCACCAAGUACUUUCUAUACGGUUCUUUAUUUUAAGUGGAAUUUAUGUGUGUCUGAUAUAAGAUGUUAUUUUGCCAACUUAGGUAGGAUUCAUUUGGGAGUUUCAAUUGUAGUUUGAUAUCUUCAAGUAUGUAAGAAUCUAAGAGGGGUUGAUGCUCUUCCCUGUGUGGAUACUCAAAAGGAUGCAUUUGACCCUUGGUUUUUUGUUUUGGAGUGCGAGGUAGCAUGUUACUUAUCUCAUCUAGUCUGCAUCUGAGCAAUUCAUAUAAGGGAACAAAUGUUAUAGAAUUUGUACUUGUUCAUAUAUUCAACCAGCUAAAGUAUUGUUAGCUCAAGAAUAUUCUACUCUGCUGGUGGUUUGAUUA